UACAAUUCCCAGCGUGCCCCGGGGCGGGUGGAAGAGGGAAGAUGGCCGAGUAUCUGGCCUCCAUCUUCGGCACCGAGAAAGACAAGGUUAACUGCUCUUUUUACUUUAAGAUCGGGGCUUGUCGGCAUGGAGACAGGUGUUCCCGCCUCCACAACAGACCCACCUUCAGCCAGACCAUCGUCCUGUUGAAUCUGUAUCGGAACCCGCAGAACACGGCCCAGUCAGCAGACGGCUCGCACUGUCAUGUCAGCGAUGUGGAAGUGCAGGAGCAUUAUGAUAAUUUCUUUGAGGAGGUCUUCACGGAGCUGGAGGAGAAGUAUGGGGAGAUAGAGGAGAUGAACGUUUGUGACAACCUCGGGGACCACCUGGUCGGCAAUGUCUAUGUCAAGUUCCGGCGGGAGGAGGACGCCGAGAGGGCCGUGGGGGAGCUGAACAAUCGCUGGUUCAACGGCCAGGCCGUGCGGGCCGAGCUAUCCCCAGUCACCGACUUUCGCGAGUCCUGCUGCCGCCGGUACGAGAUGGGGGAGUGCACGCGUGGAGGGUUCUGCAACUUCAUGCACCUGCGGCCGAUAUCCCGAGAGCUGCGCCGGCAGCUCUACGGGCAGAGCCGGCGCCGGCGAGCCCCAUCCCCCUCGCGCUCCCACGACCGGCCCCGGGGCAAGAAACGCCAGCGCUCACCUGACCAUCGCUAUGGACGCUUCUGACCCCUCCCCGGGCUCCUUGCCUUCCCUAGCCUCCCCCAGCCACCAGCUACGUCCGACCUUCCCGCCGAGCCUGGUGCUUCCCCUGGCUAAGCAGGACCCUGCCUGUCUCCGGGCCUGGCUAUUUCCCCAGCUGUCGAGCGGCUCAGCCACCGAAUCAGCGUCUGCAUUUUGACCUUUUUAACG